UAGGUAAAGAAUGAACUGGAGCUGAAUAAAUUCGACCAGAGAUUAAUUUCUGGCAGCAUACUGAACCUACAGAAACAGUCAUUAUCUCCUACACGAGUGCAAGAAACACGCACAACAGUUCAAAGAUGGCAUUAGCAAGUGGACACUGGAUUAGAAAAGAGGUAAUUGGAGACUCCCCAACCCCUAGGCAUGGACAUGCAUUGACAAUGGCAGGCAACAUAGCAUUUGUAUUUGGAGGCUGUUCCAUUUAUAAUACCUUUGAUGAUCAGCGAACAUAUUUCAAUGACUUCUACAUGUUGACAAUUACUCUUACUGAUUUGACUUGGGAAAGAAUACCUCAUGAUGGACAUAUUCCUUGUGCCAGAGAAGGUCAUACACUUUGUGUAGUAAGAGGGAAGAUAUAUUUAUUUGGAGGGUGUUCAACCCAGGAUGCUAAAGAAUGUCUUCCAGGAGUCUACAGAUUUGACCUCAGUUCUUUAACAUGGCAGAAGGUAAAAACCAAUGGCAUUGCACCUCAGACCCUCAGACACAGUUCAGCAGUAAUAGGGGAAAAUAUCUAUGUCUAUGGUGGAGUUCAUUAUGGAAAAGCUGUUGAUGACCUGUAUAUGUUCAGUACUGUAUCUCUCAGCUGGACCCCAGUCAAAACCACUGGUUCAGCACCUGGGGCCAGGUCAGGCCAUGCUUUUGCAACAGUUGGACAAGUAAUAUACAUGUUUGGCGGUUCUUCGGGUGAAAAUAUUUACUGCACUGAUGUGCAUGCAUUGGAUACAGGUUUGUUAACCUGGCAGCAGUGUGAAAUCAAGGGAGAGAUACCCAGUGGAAGGUCACAUCACACAUUUACAGCACACCAUGACAAGGAUAUCUAUUUGUUUGGAGGAAUAUAUGAAUCUAAAGAUGGUAAUAAAACAACAAAGAAUGAUGUAAAGAAAUUAAGCUUAGCAAAGAUGAAAUGGAAGAUGCCACUUUAUGUAGGGAUCCCCCCCGCUUGCAGACACAACCAUGUAGCAUUUAUUCUUCAUAGCCAUCUCUAUAUCUUUGGUGGCAUGAAUGAGGAAGAAGAACUCAAUGAUAUAAUGGGGAUGAAAUUGAUAAACCCAUCAGACAGACAACCUAUAAUGAAGGAGAUUCUCUCAGAAUUUGGAAUCCAGGGAGUAAGCAGCAGGUUUACUCCCACCAAAAUACCCAAAGUGAAAUAUGAAUUAAUGGUAUCACCUUUUCCUGCCAGAAUGGAGUCCCCACCUGCAAUCCCAGCAGCUCAACUCAGAGAUUUCAUUUCUGUACGUAACCAAGCAAUGGACAUGAUCACAAGGGCCUUUGCCUUGCUGGACUUGGAGUUUCAAAAGCUAGACACUGAGAAAGCUGAAUUAGUUCAGGCCACAAUUGCUUUCCAACAAGAAAAGGAGGCUUACAACAAACAGUUCAGAUAUCAACAGCAGGAGCUGCAAGAGAUGCUAGAUAAGCACAAGGCCCAAAAUGAAGCCUGGCUCAAAGCCAGAGCAGAGGAAAAUGACAAGGAAAGGAAAGAAAUAUGUAAACUGAGGUUGCCAGGACUGGAUGUUUCAUCUAAAGCGUGGUCUCCUGCCUUUUGUAGGAAGAGAUUCUUCAUGAUCAGGAGAGGCUAAAAGAAGAACAGCAAAAUGUUCAACAGCGCAAUCAGCAGCUGCUUUCUAUUAUGCAACAGUUUAAAGGAAUGUGACCAGUCUGCUGAAUAAAGCCUGAACCACAUGAGCAGGAUCAUAGCAACAAUACAACCCUACUUGAACAACUGAGCUCUUUAUACUAAUAUAAAAAAGAUCCAGUUACUGUGCAUGUUGAAGGACCAUAUUCGGUUAGUGUGAAAAGGAGUUUAAUCUCCUUAGGUUCUCUCAUGAGCACUGGAAUGAUAUCUCAAUUAAAUUUCCACCCACUACCUUUUGUGCAUUUUCCAUUUUGAUUCAAUGUUUUUUUCAGAUUUUUGAAGAAUUAUUUUUUGCCUUGUCUGAGCUUAAAAAAGAAGAAAAGGCAGAACACUAUGGCUGCCCCUAUGAAAGCUGGACCUACGGAGUUUUAUUUCAGGGUCAUGCAGUUAAGAUUAGGAUGUCAUUCAUAUACCAGCCAAAAGAACAGCGCGGUUGUCAAGUAGGACAUUCUUCUUUUAAAAAAAAAGUUAAAUAUUUUGUAACAGUGGGAAAGAAGACAGAAACCAUAGCUAGGAUAAUAUGAUUAGAUUUUAUGGCCAGAUUCUGCUUACAACUAAACUGGUGUAACUGAAGAACAAGUCUAUUGACUAUAAUGGAGUUACAUUGAAUUCAUACAGGGGGAAACUAGGAACAGAAUUUUGAAACUGAGCUUUGCAUUGGAGGGACCAAAUAUGGACCAUGUUUAAACAGCUUACAGUGAUAAAGCAAAAAAUCAUGUUUGUUGGGUAUGGAGGAA